GUUCUAGUGUGUCACCCGCUGGAAGUACGCGUUAUACUGCCUUCAUAUUUUUUGUGCACUUCAAGUAGUGUGACGUCAUGGGAGGCAACAACAGUACUCCAAAAUCAGAUAUAAUGAUGGAUCAUCAACCCUAUCCGGACAUGAAUGUUAUAUUCAAAAGCAUUCCAAAAAUGAUGCAGGUUGCCGAUGAUAUGCACCGAAUGACAAAUUACAUUAUGGAUUUGCGUAAUAUGACCAUUGGUUUGGUUUGCUUGUCGGUUCUUGGUAUAUUUUUAUUUCUAAUUGGUAAGCUUACUCAGGGUCGAAGUAAUGCUGCACGUCGAAAACGUGAGUUAGGACAUCGGAUUGAGUCGCUGGAGGAUCGAUCAUUGCCGCGACACACCCAUUAUGGUGCCUAUCAUGGAUAUCUCGAUUCGUGGCAUGAUUCAAGAAGUCCGAAAAUUAGUGGUGUUGGCGCUACGGUUAUAGAUAUAGAAAAAAUUCCAAUGAAUCAGUCGCAUGACAAUUCGAGUCACAACGAAACUACGACAACACCGCUUGAAACGCCUAAUUUGCUCAAUGGCCAUGCACACAAAGUUUGA